UCCCAACCGGUUGAGAAAUCGAGUGGUUUGUGGGGACCACUUCGAAAUUCAAUACCGCGUUGGAUCAAAGCUUACAAGUCAUGCAGUACCAAGCUGCAACUUACCAGCACCUGCCACAUCUAUCGAGCAACAGGAGGAACUUGUAAUGGAAAUUGAAGAAGAAGAAGAACGUCAACCUGUGCUCACCGUUGGAUACCAAGACAACGUGGGACCUGGGACUAGGAGAGACUCCGACGCACUUGCCUAUAAUGUGCUUCCCGGAUCAUCCAGAGGUUGCACUGUCAAAAGGAAUCAAGUUCAACCAGCUAUCAGGAAAGGCCUUAAAGGUGACAUCCUGAAAAUGAUUAGGUCGAGCAACUUGACCAAACCCAGGAAGCUCAAGAUCUACAAGGCUGUGGCCAGGAUUUUGAAAUCUGCGAGGCAAUUGAGGCGUCGGAGAUCUUCGGUAAGACAACGCAUCGGGAAGAUUGAGCAUCUCGUGCAGACCGGUUUUCAUCAGGUUUUAGAAAGCCUGCCAACACCCCUGCACGCGAUGCUCUUGGCCCAGAUGCGCAACGCGGACAAACAAAAAUCGGCGCGACGCUUCACCGAAGAAGAGAAGAUAUUAGCUUUAUCUAUUUAUAAGCAAAGUUCCAAAGCGUAUCGAUAUUUGGCAAAAUUAUUUCUUUUGCCAAGCAUCGAAACUCUUCGGAAACUAAUACCGCAAAUUCCAUUAAAAGCUGGAAUUUGCGAUAAUGUUUUUGAGGAACUCAAACAGCAGUGCGAGUUAUUUACUGACCCAAAAAGCAGAUACGCAUGUCUGAUUUUUGAUGAAAUUAGUUUAGCACCGUCGUUGCAGUAUAAUACUACAAUAGAUGUUAUUGAUGGAUUUGUAGAUUCCGGGUUUUCGCGUAACUUGGAUAUCGCGGAUCAUGCCACAGUGUGGAUGCUCAAAGGCAUACAUGGUGUGCGACCUUGGAAACAACCUGUUGCAUAUUCAUUUUGUAAAGGUUCCAGCUCAGUUGAGAACCUUGUUC